AUGGAAUUUUCAGCAUCUCUAGGUUAUAAAGAUUUCGUGUGGGCAGUCGAACUCCAUCGCAAGGGUUUGGAAAUAAUCGGUUUGUGGCCUAAAAUCGAUAAAUCCGUUAAGGAAGGUUUAUGGCCAAAAAUUCGUGUGUGCAUUAUCUUAAGUUUACUAAUAUUUGUUUGUAAUAUUCCAAUGUUGUAUGCGGUUGUACAAACUUGGGGCAAUAUGAUACUUGUAAUAGACAAUUUACGAACAACGUUACCUAUGUUGAUAGCUUCAGUGAAAUAUGUCAUUAUACGCUACAAACAAGCAGUUCUUUCGUCAAUGAUAAGUAUGAUGGCGGAAGAUUGGAUAAAAUUUAAGCUGGACACAGAGAGAAAUGUGAUGAUAGAACGAGCUCGAACUUCUCGAUUAAUCAUGAUUAUUGGAUACAUUUUCACGAUAAUUGGACUUAUCACAAUGACUAUUCCUUUUUUUGGUGUACAAGUAGGAUAUGUAAUGAAUAUAACGGGUCGUAGCAAGAUGUUACCAAUCAAGACAUAUCACUUCUAUGAUGCUGAUAAGAGUCCGCAGUUUGAAUUGACAUUUUUCUUUCAAGCUGUAACAUGUUUCUUUGCAGCUGGCAGUUACAUGUUUAUCGAUAUUUUGUUAUUGCUAAUGAUUUUUCACAUUUGUGGUCAGUUAGAGAACUUCAGACACCAAUUAAUUAGAUUGAUUUUAUGUAAAAAUUUCAACAGAACUUUAAAUAAUAUUAUAACGACUCAUUCACGACUUAUCAGGUAUGAUUUUUUAUUGUGACUA